UGACCACUUUUCUUGCCACCACCUAACCAUCUUCCUAUAAAUUCCACCCACUUCUCACACAACUCCAGUUCCCAUAUCAACUUAUUCUCUCAGCUUAUUUUCAUUACAACUCUUAAACUAUCAUCUUCUAAGUUCUAGAUAUGGUUCCUUUUCCCAGUGAGAUCAGAGGAGUUCAGUAUCUAACACCAGAGAACCAAUUCCUUGCUCCACCAAAUUUUGGAUUACAGCAGAGUGAUGACAUCCCAAACCUUUAUCUUAAUAGCCUCUUAAGCACCUUGCCAAACUGCCAGUUCCCAUCUUUAGGCAAUGAAUUUGCUCCUCCUAAUCCAUGCCUCAGCAGCAACUCAACAACUUCUGACGAAGCAGAUGAGCUUCAGUUCAGAGUAAUCGACGAAAGGAAGCACCGGCGAAUGAUAUCGAACCGAGAAUCCGCCCGCAGAUCAAGGAUGAGGAAGCAGAAGCACUUGGAUGAACUCUGGUCCCAGGUAGUCAGGCUCAGAACUGAGAAUCACAACCUUGUUGAUAGACUCAACCAUGUGUCUGAGUCCCAUGACAGAGCUCUUCAAGAGAAUGCACGCCUCAAGGAAGAAACUUCUGAUCUUCGCCGAAUGGUAGCAGACAUGCAAAUUGGAAACUCUUUUGCUUGCACCAUGAGAGAUUUUGAGGAAAUUCCAUGCAACACAUCUCAACUUAAAGAGGAUUCCUCAAACCAAUCAAUCAUUCCUUCAGACUUGGUUCAUGAAUGAAGCUAUUAUCUAAUUUCCAUUAUUUAUAUACACUAUAUGUUCCUUCUUCCUAGUUCCUCCUACCUUAGAGUUCUAUGAUCCAGUGGUAGCUUUGCUCCAUUGGAACUGUAUGAGUCUAUUAGCAUAUAUAUCAAAUAACAGCUUUACAUGUUCUUUUCUUGGUUU